AUGUAUAAAUAUCUGUCAUUGUGUCAAGAAAGAGAAAAGUUUCGUACUCACCUUAUUGAUAUGAUAAAGCAGAAGAGAAAAGAAGAGAAGAAAAAAGUAUUUUGUAAGUUCAGUAAAUGUAGAGAAGAAAUAGGACAAGACGAAGAAGAGAACGAUGACAUUUUGCGAUACUACUAUUAUUUGAUACAAGGCAUUGAUGAUGCGUAUGUAGGAUCAAUGGAUGCUAAUCUUCUAGAACAUAUUUUAAAACGUAUUCCAAUAAAAUGGAGAAAUAAGUUUAAAGAUUCCCUGGAUUAUUUAGUGAAAGAAGUGAAAGAAGAAUAUAUAUUAAAUGUAAAGAAAUCAGUCGUAGAAUUUGUUAUCGGAAACUCGAUGUAUUCUUCGUUGAAACAGGCGUACGAACGAAACGAAUUGCCAUCGAUCAGUGACAUCUCGGGAUAUCGUCGAUUCUUCAGUUGUAUCGCUUUUAUCAUGGAAGAUCAGUUGCAAAGGCUUUAUCUGAAUUCCGUAGAAGAGUACGUUGAUUAUCUUUACAACAAAAACAAUACACGUCAAGGUUUCGAUAUUAAGGUGAUGGUACGAAAUUUAAACGUAUUAUUCGAUCCGACAUUUAAAGUCUUUACAGAAGCAUUUUCGACGAUACUGAAUUUGUUGCGAGAAACUAUCGUUACAUUGCCACGAGUUGAAACAUUACUGAAUAUCACCUCUAUCACUAUCGAUCGGAAGUUACUCGAGCCAUAUGUAUCACGUGAAUAUGUAAUGAAACGUAUAGAAGAAAUUAAAGAACUCAUCGAUAAAGAAACAGUUGGCCCGAUUGAACAGUUGAAAGAAUUCGAGAAGUACGCGAAUUUUAUAAAUGACUCGGAAACCGUGAAGAUAAGAGAAACCUUGAAAGGCGAUACAGCUAGAAACUUUGAAAAUUAUCGAUCUCUAAUUGCACACUACGACCGUUUAUCCCGUUUCGUAAAGGUUGAAUUUGAUCAAACCUAUUUUGCUGGCUUUUUCAUUGUCCACCGUGGUGAGAUCAUUAAGUAUAUUGCCUCGGUCGCGCAAAAGCUUAAAGAGGAAUUGGUCGCUAAAAUGAUUAGCGAGUAUCAACAAAAAUCUCGAGGCGUAGGAAAUGAAUAUCAGCGAAUCGUAGAUCGUGCUUUAAGCGUCCCAGCAAAUACAAGAGAAUUAAUGGAACUUGGAAAAUUUAUAAAUAUCACGGAAACAGAGACUACCAGGCAAUUAGAAGAUAAAUUAAAGGAAAUUAUUAAAUAUAUCAUUUUCCUAUCAGAUUACUCGAUUUUAAGUCCCGUUGAACUGAAAAUUAAUAACUUUGCCUUCCAAUGGUAUUACAAACUUCCGGAAAUUUUCGAGCAACAUAGAAAAAUUGUUGCGAGUAAGAUUGGGGAAUUUCAAAGUAUUCUUAAGAAAAGAAUAGAUCAAUUUGAACGAGAACUUGAAUUAUACGCAAAGUACUGUGACGAAUUGCAAUAUUGGGGCAAUAUCGAGGAAAUAUAUCGAUAUAAGAAGAAAGCUGAUCGCUUAGAUAACAAACUGAUCACCGCGAUGGACGUGAUCGAUGGAUUCAACGAGGAAGAGGAACUAUUUGGUUGGGAAUUAUCCGAAUAUCCUUUAAGAAAAACCACAGCGGACAAGCUAUCGCCGUAUAAAAAAUUGUACGACGCGGCCUGCGAUUUUUUAACAAACUAUGAUACAUGGAUGAAUUCGAUCAUAGGUUCUCAUGAACCAGAGGUAAUCGAAACAGGGACAGGAACCGCUUACCGAACAAUUUAUAGAUUGGAACGUUCUAUACAAGAGCCGAUAACGAAAAAACUCGCUGAAAUUAUUCGAGAAAAGAUAGAAGAAUUCAAAGAAAAUAUACCUGUGAUAACUACUCUUGGAAAUCCUUCUAUGAAGAGUCGUCACUGGGAACAGGUAUCGGAAAUUGUUGGCUUUCCCAUAAAGAUUGAUCAAACGAUGACGCUUGCCAAAAUUCUCGAUUACGGUCUAGCUGAUUACGUUACAAAAUUCGAGACAAUAUCAGAGGCAGCAACCAAAGAAGGAAGUUUAGAAAGAACACUCGAUCGAAUGUUCCUUGAUUGGGCCGAAAUCAUAUUUACCGUGAAUCCUUAUCGCGAUACAGGCACCUACGUCAUUGCUAGCGUUGAUGAUAUACAAUUACUUUUGGAUGAUCACUUGAUCAAAGCUCAGACUAUGAAAAAUUCUCUUUACAUCAAACCAUUCGAAAAGGAGACUUUAGAAUGGGAGUCCAAGUUACUUUUAUUACAAAAUAUUAUGGAUUAUUGGCUACAAGUUCAAGCAACAUGGAUGUACUUGGAACCGAUAUUUUCAUCGCCAGAUAUUCAACAGCAAAUGCCAGAGGAAGGUCGACGUUUCAGUGCUGUCGAUAAGAUUUGGCGAGAAAUUAUGUGGUCUGUAGCAGCGGAUCCUCGAGUUAUGUCUGUCGUUGAAAUCGAUAAAAUGCUCGAACGGCUAAAAAAAUGUACAAAUUUAUUGGAUCUAAUACAGAAAGGACUUACUGCCUACUUGGAAAAGAAAAGACUUUAUUUCCCACGAUUCUUUUUCUUAUCGAAUGACGAACUUUUAGAAAUACUAUCGGAAACAAAAGAUCCUACCAGAGUACAACCGCAUCUGAAAAAGUGUUUCGAAGGAAUUGCACGGGUGAACUUCACAGUUGAUUUGGAAAUAACAGCUAUGGAAUCUUCCGAGGGUGAAGAAAUUAUUCUUGAAGACAUCAUCGACACAAGAGCGGCCCGAGGUCAGGUUGAAAAGUGGUUACUCCAACUUGAAUUUUCCAUGAAAAGGAGCGUUAAAGCACAGGUAAUACAAGCGAAGGAAGCAUAUUUGGUACAACUCAGAUCGCAAUGGGCCUUAAAGUGGCCUGGUCAGACUAUUCUUUGUAUCAGUAAACUCUACUGGACAGCGGACAUAACGAAGGCAUUAUCAACGUGCUUGAAGGAUUUAAAAGACUACGUUGACAUUUGUACACACGAAUUGAAUGAAAUAGUGAAAUUAGUACGCGGUAAAUUGUCAACGCAAAAUCGCGUAACACUAGAGGCAUUGGUUACAAUGGACGUCCAUAGUCGAGACGUUGCUGAAGAAUUGUUCACGCAACAGGUCACUAUUCCAACUGAUUUCAAAUGGUUGGCACAAAUGAGAUACUAUUGGAUGAACGAAGACCUGUGGACAACAAUGAUAAACACAUCGUUGAAAUACGCGUAUGAAUAUCUAGGAAACACAUCUAGAUUGGUUAUAACACCGUUGACCGAUAGAUGUUAUCGAACUUUAUUUAGCGCGUUAAGUUUACAUCUUGGUGGUGCUCCCGAAGGACCAGCUGGGACGGGCAAGACCGAAACUACUAAGGAUUUAGCUAAAGCUGUAGCUAAACAGUGUGUUGUAUUUAAUUGUUCCGAGGGUCUCGACUACCUCGCAUUGGGUAAAUUUUUUAAGGGAUUAGCAAGUACCGGAGCAUGGUCUUGUUUCGAUGAGUUCAAUCGUAUCGAUUUAGAAGUAUUAUCGGUGGUAGCGCAACAAAUUCUAACUAUUCAGCGAGCUAUCAACGCUGGGAAAAGUGAACUGGUUUUCGAAGGUACCGAGAUUAGCUUAGACCCUACUUGUGCCGUUUUUAUAACAAUGAAUCCUGGUUAUGCCGGAAGAACCGAACUUCCUGACAAUUUGAAGGCACUAUUCCGACCGGUCGCAAUGAUGGUGCCAGAUUAUGCUCUGAUAGCCGAAAAUACGUUAUAUUCGUACGGUUUUUACGAAGCAAGACCACUUUCGGUAAAAAUCGUAACAGCAUAUAGGCUGUGCUCGGAACAACUGUCAAAUCAGAAUCAUUACGAUUAUGGAAUGCGAGCGGUAAAAUCUGUUCUAGUGGCGGCUGGAAAUUUAAAAAUAAAAUAUCCUGAGCUAAACGAAGAUCUUUUAGUAUUGCGUAGCAUCAAAGAUGUCAAUUUACCCAAAUUUCUCAGCGAAGACUUACCAUUAUUUAAUGGAAUCAUGUCAGAUCUUUUUCCUGGUGUCGUACUUCCAGAACCAGAUUAUACCGAUUUAAAUGCGUGUGCUUAUGAUGCUUGUUCGACAUCUAAUUUGCAAUGUAGCGCCUGGUUUUUGGAGAAAAUACAACAAAUGUACGAGAUGAUGAUCGUUCGACAUGGAUUUAUGAUCGUUGGCUUUCCAUUUGCUGGGAAAACAGCAGCGUAUAAUAUUCUAGCUGACACGUUAAAACUUUGCGAAGAUCGAAAUUUGAUUAAUGAACGUAAAGUAGAAACGUUCGUGAUGAAUCCCAAGGCUGUUACCUUGGGUCAAUUAUAUGGGCAGUUCGAUCCGAUAUCCCACGAAUGGUCCGAUGGAGUUUUAGCCAUCAGUUAUCGCAAUUUUGCUACUUCGACUAACAAUAAUCGCAAGUGGUUAAUUUUCGAUGGACCAAUAGAUGCAGUAUGGAUCGAAAGCAUGAAUACAGUACUCGACGAUAAUAAAAAACUUUGCUUAAUGAGUGGAGAAAUUAUCCAAUUAGGACCAUCUACCAAUUUGAUAUUCGAAACUAUGGAUUUGGAACAUGCUUCACCGGCAACAGUUUCCCGUUGCGGAAUGAUUUAUAUGGAACCAGAUGCCCUCGGUUGGGAUCUUUUGCUUAAAUCUUGGAUAGCUGAGACUCCGUCAAUGAUGAAUCCGUGGUUGAAAAACUUUCUAUAUCAAUCGCUAUUUCGAAGAUUUUGCGAUCCUCUACUUCACUGGUCACAUCACGAACAUGUCGAGAAAAUUUGUCCUAUGCCGGAUACAAAUCUUAUACGUUCACUGACCUAUCUAAUGGACUGUUUUCUCAGUGAGUAUCGUGACGAGAAAGCUAUCAAGGAUAUCGACGAGUUGGACCUUCGAGCGCAAAUCGAGGGUUCAUUUUUCUUCUCGUGCAUUUGGGCACUGGGCGGUGUACUGAACGGAAAAUCGAGAGAACGUUUUAGCGUUCUUUUUCGUGGUUUUCUUGAAAGAAUUUUUCCUUCGGAUCUCUUAGAAACAUUCCAAUUGCCAAAACCGAUAGAACCACCUUUAAAGCCAUAUAUAUUCGUUAUGCCACGAGACGGUCUUGUCUUUGACUAUAAAUUCAUCAAAGAAGGCAAAGGAAAGUGGAGGCUGUGGUCCGAUGAAUUGCUCGACAGUCCUCCUAUUCCUCGCGAUAUUCCUGUGAAUCAAAUAAUAGUGCCUACAAUCGAGACAAUACGGUACACAGCUCUGUUUCGUUUGCUAGUAGGCAACGAAAAACCAGUGCUAUUCAUAGGCCCGACCGGGACAGGAAAAUCGGUCUACAUAAUUGAUUUUCUAUUAAAGAAGAAUAAUCCUACAGUGAACAAACCAUUGAUCAUAAAUUUCUCCGCGCAAACUACGGCAAAUCAAACUCAAGACACUAUUAUGGGAAAACUGGAUAGAAGACGAAAAGGUGUUUAUGGAGCACCUAUAAGCAGACGAUGGAUUGUUUUCGUCGACGAUCUUUCUAUGCCGAUGAAAGAAACUUACGGUGCACAACCUCCAAUCGAAUUGUUACGACAAUGGCUAGAUCAUGGAGAAUGGUUCGAUAGAAAGGAGAAGAAUAUGAUAAAACUGAUCGACGUUCAUCUAAUGUGUGCUAUGGCUCCACCCUAUCGAGGUGGAAGAGAUGUCACACCAAGAUUUAAAAGGCACUUUGUCAUCUUAACGAUAUCAGAAUUUGAAGACGAAGUAAUGUCUAUGAUAUUUAGUAAAAUCAUUCUCUGGCAUCUUGACACGAGAGGAUUCAGCAAAGAAUUCGAUCCAUGCAUCGACGAAAUUGUUCUGGGCACAUUAGACGUGUAUAAGGAAAGCCUCAAUAAUCUUUUACCAACGCCAGCCAAAUGUCAUUAUGUCUUCAAUCUUCGCGACUUCUCCAAAGUGAUACAGGGUGUCCUGUUAUCCGUGCCAGAAACUAUGCCAACUUUAACCAACAUGAGAAGGUUAUGGGUUCACGAGGUACUUCGUGUCUUUGGAGAUCGCUUAAUAGAUCAGGAUGAUAUAUCUUGGUUGGUGAAACAAAUACGCGUUACCUUAAGCAGUCGAAUGAAUGUACUUAUGGAAGAGCUCUUUAAAGAUUUUCUUCCCUCGCAGAAACCUCGAUUGAUUACCGAGCAAGAACUUCGAAAUUUAGUAUAUUGCGACUUUGGUGACACGAAAGGGGAUGUUCGACUUUAUCAGGAGGUCCCGAAUCUUGAGCAAUUACGAGAAAUAGUUGAAAAUUAUCUAGCCGAAUACAAUACAAUGAGUAAAAAGCCAAUGAAUUUGGUCUUAUUUCGGUUUGUCAUUGAACAUCUGUCUCGAAUUUCUCGUAUUAUCAAACAACCGCGAAAUCACGCGCUUCUUGUCGGUGUUGGAGGUACAGGAAGGCAGUCAUUGACCAGACUAGCUUCGCAUAUAUGCGACUACGAUGUUUUUCAAGUUGAAGUAACUCAACAAUAUGGAGUUGCCGCGUGGCAUGAAGAUAUUAAAGGAAUUCUAAAACGCGUAACCGCCACCGAUCUUCACUCCACUUUUCUCUUUUCCGAUACUCAAAUCAAGCAAGAGAGCUUCCUCGAAGACAUCAGUAAUAUCCUUAAUUCUGGAGAGGUACCGAACAUAUUUACCAGCGAAGAAUUAGCGGAAAUAUACGAACAGAUGAAGCAAAUAGAUAGACAACGAGAUCGAUCAGUGCAAACGGAUGGCAGUGCGGUAGCUUUGUUCAAUCUCUUUGUUCAGAUAACUCGUGAUCAACUGCACAUCGUAAUAGUGAUGUCUCCGAUAGGAAAUAAUUUUCGCAAUCGAAUCAGAAAAUUUCCGGCUCUAGUAAACUGCUGUACCAUUGAUUGGCUUCAGACAUGGCCAGAAGACGCUCUGUUAGCGGUUUCAACCAAAUUUCUAUCUAUGAUCGAACUCACGGAUAACGAAAGAACCGCCGCUAUCGAUAUGUGUCAAUUUUUUCACGUCUCGGCACAAAAUUUGAGCGCAGAAUUCUGGACUCGAUUAAAUAGACGUGUUUAUGUCACUCCAACCUCGUAUCUUGAAAUGAUAAAUACGUUUAAAGAUUUAUUAGGAAGAAAACGAGACGAGAUAACGAGUGCAAAAACUCGAUACGAACGUGGUUUAGAUCAGUUAGACGAUACCCAGAAGCAAGUCGUAACGAUGCAAGAAACUCUUAAAUCUCUGCAACCACAACUAAUAAUCGCUACCCAAGAUGUUGAAAAAAUGCUGCUUGAAGUUGAUAAGGAGAGGCAAGAAGCAGCAGAAUUCGAGAAGAUCGUUAAAAUCGAUGAAAAUGCAGCUGAGGUGUGUGUGGAUGAAGCAGCUGCGAUUAAGGCCGAAUGUGACGCUGAUUUAGCCGAAGCGAUGCCGAUUUUAAAACGUGCUCAAAGUGCUUUGGAUACUUUGACAACAGCUGACAUUGCUAUAGUAAGAGCGAUGAAGAAACCGCCACAAGGAGUAAGAUUAAUCCUCGAGAGCGUUUGUGUCCUCAAGCAAAUAAAACCAGAGAAACUUCAACAACCUGAUGGUACGCAUACCGAGGAUUACUGGAGAGCGUCUCUUAGAAUGAUAAGCGACGCAAAGUUCCUCGAUUCGUUGCUCAAUUUUGACAAGGACAACAUUCCCGAUAAUGUGAUUGAAAAAAUUCGUAAAGAAUACUUAACCAACCCGGAUUUUAAUCCUGAAAAAAUAAAAAAGGUAUCAACGGCGUGCGAAGGAUUGUGCCGAUGGGUAUACGCAAUGUCAGAAUAUGAUAAAGUAUCGAAGGUAGUUGCUCCGAAAAAAAGAGCUUUGGCAGAAGCUCAAAAAGUUUACGACGUGGCCAUGAACACACUACAAGCAAAACGAGACCAACUUCGGCAAGUACAGGAAAAAUUGAAAACAUUGGAGGAACUAUUGGAACAGAGAAGAAUAGCUUUUCAAGCAAUGUCUGACAAAGUAACAGACUGUGAGAUCAAGUUAAAACGUGCCGAAGAGUUGAUCGGCGGAUUGGGUGGAGAAUACACGCGUUGGUCUGAUACCGCAAAGUUUUUGGGAGAAAGGUAUCAACGAUUAAUGGGUGAUAUCGUCAUCGCUUCUGGUAUAAUAGCGUACCUAGGCCCAUUUACGAUGCCACUUCGUGUUCGACAAAUUGCCAUAUGGGUACAGCGAUGUACCAAUUUAGAUGUAAUUUGUAGUUCAGAUUUUCAAUUACGUGACAUUCUUGGAGAUCCAGCUUUAAUCAGAUCUUGGAAUAUUUUCGGUCUUCCGAACGAUGCAUUUUCUGUCGAUAAUGGUAUAAUCAUCAAAAAUGCAAGAAGAUGGCCAUUAAUAAUAGAUCCUCAAAGUCAAGCUAAUAGAUGGAUAAAAAAUAUGGAAAAGGAAAAUAACCUGAAUAUCAUUCGACUAAAUCAACCUGACUAUGGCCGAGUCUUGGAAAACGCAUUGCAAUUUGGGCAACCGGUACUCCUGGAGCAUGUCGCUGAAGAACUAGACGCUGCGCUUGAACCGAUAUUACUUAAAGAAACGUUCAAGCAAAGCGGUGCACUCUGCAUAAAAUUUGGUGAUGCAAUUAUCGAAUAUAAUACCAAUUUCAGACUAUAUAUCACUACGAGAUUAAGAAAUCCGCAUUAUUUACCAGAGGUAGCAGUUAAAGUAACGCUACUGAAUUUUAUGAUAACACCAACCGGAUUGGAGGACCAAUUAUUAGGUAUUGUUGUGGCGAAGGAAAGACCAGACUUGGAAUCAGAAAAAAACGCUUUGAUCGUGCAAGGAGCUGCGAACAAAAAACUAUUGCAAGAAACAGAGGACAAAAUUUUAGAAAUAUUAUCAAUUGCCGAGGGCAAUGUAUUAGAGGACGAAGAAGCGGUAGAUAUUUUAACGUCGUCUAAAAAUUUAAGCAAUGAAAUUCAAGUGAAACAAGCUGCAGCUGAACAAACUGAAAAGUCAAUUGAUGAUGCUAGAUUACAGUACACCCCUAUCGCUGAAUAUUCUACCGUAUUAUUUUUCACAAUUGGUAUGUUGAUAAAUAUUGAUCCCAUGUAUCAAUAUUCGUUGUCCUGGUUUGUAAAUUUAUUCGAACUGGCUACCGAUAACACAGAACCGGCGGAAACAGUUGCACAACGGCUAACAGACCUCAUGAAGUAUUUUACGCAUUCCCUCUACGCGAACAUUUGUAGAUCUUUAUUCGAGAAGGAUAAAUUAUUGUUUUCCUUAUUGCUAACAAUUAACUUACUCGAGCAACGGGGACAAUUUAAUCUAUCACAUUGGAGAUUUUUAUUAACGGGCGGAAUCAGUAUCGAUAAUCCGUAUAUAAAUCCAACAUCAUGGUUACCAAUUAAACAGUGGAAUGAACUAUGCAACCUUGAUAGUAUCGAAGAAUUUUCGGGCAUACGAAAUGCAUUUACCAGUAAUGUGGCACAAUGGAAAAAGUUAUUCGACUCCAAGGAACCUCAGACUGAGACAAUCCCACCGCCAUUUCAAGAUCUAAAUCUAUUUAAAAGAGUGUUGAUAUUGAGAUGUAUUCGGCCUGACAAGAUUAUUCCAGCAGUACAAAAUUUUGUCGAAGCGGAACUUGGUUCACAAUUUAUUGAACCACCACCAUUCGAUUUGACUUCGACUUAUGCCGAUUCGAACUGUUGCACUCCAUUGAUAUUUAUAUUGACGCCCGGUACCGAUCCAGCACAAUUGCUACUCGCAUUUGCGGAGGAGCAAGGUUACAGUGUGAAUCGCCUUUUUUAUAUUUCCCUCGGUCAAGGGCAAGGACCAAUUGCCGAGGAAAUGAUUCAAACAGCUGUAAUUGCUGGUAACUGGGUAGUUCUACAAAACUGUCACUUGUCGAUUAGUUGGAUGGACACCUUAGAAAAAAUUUGCGAAGGUUUGAUACCUGAUACGAUUCACUCAGAGUUUCGAUUGUGGUUGACGAGUUACCCGUCGGAACACUUUCCAUCUUCAGUUCUACAAAACAGUAUAAAAAUGACAAAUGAACCACCAAAAGGACUAAGAGCUAACAUCAUUAGAUCGUAUACAAGUGAUCCAAUCAGCGAUCCAGACUUUUUCGAGUCUUGCUCUCAAACCGAGUAUUUCAAAAAACUUUUGUAUUCGUUGUGUUUCUUCCAUGCUGUAAUUCAAGAAAGGCGAAAAUUUGGUCCAAUUGGUUGGAACAUUACAUACGAAUUCAAUGAAACAGAUCUUCGAAUCAGUAUUUUACAAUUACAUCUUUUCCUUGACCAAUUCGAAGAUGUAAGGUUCGAUGCUCUGAAAUACUUAACUGGAGAAUGCAAUUACGGUGGACGAGUGACGGAUAAUUGGGAUCGCAGAACACUAAAUACUAUUUUAUCGAAAUUUUAUUGCGAAGAGCUACUUAACGAGAAACGUUAUUAUUUCGAUGAUACUUCAACGACUUAUUACUGUCCAAAUGUACGAGAACAUGAAGCGUUUGUGGAUUAUACACAAAAUUUACCCUUAAUUACCGAACCGAGUGUUUUCGGUAUGAAUGAAAAUGCAGACAUUAUAAAAGAUCAGCAUGAAACGAACCUUUUGUUUUCAUCACUUCUACUAACUCAGGAAAGAGUCAAGUCUGGAACUGGACAAGCUACAAAUGAUGAAAUAGUAUAUAGAAUGGCAAAUGACAUUUUAGAAAAAUUGCCAAAUAACUAUGACCUUACAUUGGCACUCAAAAAAUAUCCAAUGUCUUAUGAACAAAGUAUGAAUAUGGUAUUGGUACAAGAAAUGGGAAGAUUUAACAAACUUCUUGACUACAUUAAAACAAGUCUAGAAAAUGUUAUACAGGCUAUUAAAGGUUUUAUUAUCAUGUCAUUUGAACUAGAAGAUAUCUAUGAUGCGAUUUUAACUAGCAAAAUACCUACUUUAUGGCAACAAUAUUCAUAUCCAUCGCUAAAACCACUUGGUAGUUAUAUACAUGAUUUGCUAAGCCGUUUGAAUUUCCUUCGAGAAUGGUAUGAAAAGGGAUCGCCAGUUGUUUAUUGGAUUUCUGGAUUCUAUUUUACUCAAGCAUUCUUGACAGGAACUAGACAAAACUAUGCGAGGAAAUAUCAAAUUCCUAUAGAUCUUCUAAUUUUCGAUUUUCGUGUAUUAAAUUUCGAUACAACACCUAUAUCUCCUCCAGAAGAUGGAGUAUAUAUAGAUGGAUUGUUUUUAGAUGGCGCUAGAUUCGAUAAAAGACAAAUGACUCUAGACGAAAGCUUUCCAAAAGUACUUUAUGAAGCUAUGCUUCCUAUAUGGCUAAUUCCUAUGAGAAAGGAAGAUAUAAAAGAAAACGUAACAUAUGUAUGUCCUGUGUAUAAAACUAGUGAAAGACGGGGAGUUUUAUCUACCACUGGACAUUCAACAAAUUUUGUCAUUGCUAUGACUUUACCUACUUUGAAAUCACCAGAACAUUGGAUUAUAAGAGGAGUUGCAUUACUUUGUCAACUUUCCGACUAA